UUCCUUUUGCCUUCCGGUGUCACGCGACCGCCUCCCCCUCCCUCCCUACUUGGUCUCCCUCUGGGCUGGGCUGGCCGGUGAUGAGAUUCUUGGCUGUCGGCGGCGGAAGGAAGGGGCGAAGGCUACAACAAGUGCAAUCACAAACACGACUGCGAUCAUGGCCGAGAAUAACACCCAGAAUAAAGCCAAGCUCGUGUCUGAGACCCGACGGAGAUUCGAAGCUGAGUAUGUGACAGAUAAAUCAGACAAAUAUGAUUCACGUGACAUUGAACGGCUACAACAAGAUGACAACUGGGUUGAAAAUUAUUUAAUUUGGAGGCAUAAUGUUGUAGAUGAAACACUAAAGAUGAUUGAUGAGAGUUUUCAGUGGAGGAAAGAAUUUUCUGUCAAUGACCUUAAUGAAUCCUCCAUUCCCAGAUGGUUAUUAGAAAUUGGUGGUAUUUAUCUCCAUGGUUAUGACAAAGAAGGUAACAAAUUAUUCUGGAUCAGGGUGAAGUAUCACAUAAAAGACCAGAAAACCAUAAUGGACAAAAAGAAGCUUAUAGCAUUCUGGUUGGAGCGUUACGCUAAGAGAGAAAAUGGGAAACCUCUAACAGUGAUGUUUGACCUGUCAGAAACUGGACUAAAUAGCAUAGACAUGGACUUUGUACGCUUUAUCAUCAACUGCUUUAAGGUUUAUUACCCUAAAUAUCUCUCCAAAAUAGUGAUCUUUGAUAUGCCUUGGAUAAUGAAUGCUGCUUUCAAAAUUGUGAAAAGUUGGCUUGGCCCAGAAGCAGUGAGUUUGUUGAAGUUUACAAGUAAAAAUGAAAUCCAAGACUACGUCAGUGCAGAAUACCUGCCUCCUCAUAUGGGAGGAACUGAUCCUUUCAAGUAUAGCUACCCACCCCUGGUAGAUGAUGACUUCCAGACACCCUUGUGUGAAAAUGGGCCCAUUACCAGUGAGGAUGAAACCUCAAGUAAAGAAGAUAUAGAAACUGAUGGUAAAGAAGCCUUGGAAAGAGUUUCUAAUGAGGAGCAAACAGCUAUUCUGAAAAAGAUUACCCCAACUGAGCCUACAUCCAAAACGGAUGAAAAUGAAAAAGUGGAUUCAAAGGUGAAAGCUUUCAAAAAGCCAUUGAGUGUAUUUAAAGGACCUUUAUUACACAUCAGCCCCGCAGAAGAAUUAUAUUUUGGAAGUGCAGAAUCUGGAGAGAAGAAAACUCUAAUAGUCUUGACAAAUGUAACUAAAAAUAUGGUGGCAUUUAAGGUGAAAACAACUGCUCCAGAAAAGUACAGAGUCAAACCAAGUAACAGCAGCUGUGACCCGGGUGCAUCAGUUGAUAUAGUUGUGUCUCCACAUGGGGGCUUGACAGUUUCUGCCCAAGACCGGUUUCUGAUAAUGGCUGCAGAAAUGGAGCAGUCAUUGAGCUCAGGGCCAACAGAAUUGGCACAAUUCUGGAAAGAAGUUCCCAGAGACAAAGUGAUGGAACAUAGGUUAAGAUGCCAUAAUAUUGAGAGCAGCAAACCAAACACACUUAUGUUAAAAGACAACAUUUCUAGCUUGUCAGAUAAAGCCAGAGAAGAUCUGUAUCUUCAACUCAAUCGUUUACUAGAAAGCAAUAGGAAGCUUGAAGACCAACUUCAGCACUGUAUUUGGUUCCAGCAGCUGCUACUUGCCUUAACAGUGGUCCUGCUCUUUUUGGUUGUUUCUUCCUUUUAUUCGAAGUACAGCUAAAGGAAUGGUGCCUGCACAGAAAUACGGCUCUCGCUCAGUGGUUGGAGAAAGUAGCAGGCCCCCAACUUCUCAACCAAGCUACUAAAACUACCGCACUUCCAUGCUUCCUAAGAAGAAAUAUACAGCAUAUAGAUGGAUACCACAUAUACGAGUCUUGAAAAUAAAUUGCCUGAAUAAAGCAAAGCUGGAUAAAUUGAUUAUUAGAGACUCUAGCUAGUUAGGAAAGUAAGUAAAGGCAUAUGCAUUGUGUAAAUGAGUAGUUUAAAUAUAAUUUAUUUUUUUUCCUUUUGAUUUGAAUACUUUUAAAGCAAAGUUUGCUCAUGUAAAUACACUGGCUGGACUGAAAAAUAUAAGUAACAUGCUUUUGUUGCAGCCAAACAAUGUAAUGUGCAUUUUUUCUUAUGACAGAACUAUUAUAGCUUCGCUGACUGACUGGCUUUUCUAUACUGUGUAUAUUGAAAAACGUAGCCUACUAGAGAGUAAUUUGUGCCAUUGUGGCUUUGUAACUCUAAGAACUACUUCCAGAUGACAGUGAAUAUUCUUUUGGAAUGUAAACCUAUCUAAUGCCAAACCACCUUAGCCUUUGUUUCUCAGUGUUCCUGAGCAGCCUGCCUUUUGAUUAAUCCUGGGCUUUUUAAUGAAUACUCUCAUUUUGAAAGAAUAUUGAAAGUUAAAUGUGGUUGGAUUUUUCUUUGAAUUCUGUUGGCAGUGCCCAGAAAGUCUUCCCAAACAGUUCUCCUUUCUAGUCAAUUCUAUGCAGCUUCCUGUUGUCCACUACAUCUGGACACUGAACAUUUUGACAGUUUUAUGAUAAAGGCCUGACCUUCCAGUGUUCUGUCUUCACCUACAUGCAAGAACAAAUGAGUCUCUCUGUGGAUCACAAAAUGUGCCCUCCUCACACUCAUGUCUGUUUCUGAGCCAAGGGCCCAGUAUCAUCACCUUCAUUUCUAAAUGGAAGGCAUUAAAGUAACAUAUUUUGAAAAGCUAUUUUUUAGAUGCUCAGAAGUAUAAUUAGAGUUCAAAAUGUUCCCUGUUAAAAUCAGCCAUGAGAAGGAAACUUACAAAAGACUGGAGCAUCUAUAUGUGUGAAAAUAUAAAACCAAAACAGGAGCUCAAGUGUCAGUUCUAUGCUUACAGAAUGAAAAACAGCACUCCCAAUGGACUGUGAAACCUUCACAACCAGGGCUCUUUGGGUAACUUGAUUUUCUGUCUUUGGUACAAUAGUACCUAUCCAGUGUGGUUCCUAAAUUCCUACAACAAUACAGCUUACAGAAGCAGAGGCUAAUGAAACUAGUUUAUGAUAUCAUUAAUAUGACUAGUUUCAGUUCCUUUUGGUUUACAUGUAUAUCUACUUUUUUAUGAAAGAAAACUGGACUACCUGUAAAAUAUAUCAUGAGGUUCAAUUAAGCCAUGCUUGGAGAUGUGUUACAGGCUUUCACCUUGAAGAAACUGAUUCCAAAACAGAGCUAUGAAGAGUGAUGCAAUAGAAUUACUAAAAUUUGGCUUAAGAAAUAAAACCUUAAAUAGACACUAGUGUGAUAUUUUGUCUUAAUGUGGGUUUUUCUGUUUCAGUUUGCCAACUUCAGAUGUGAAACAGACUGCAGUCCACCCUGAGUACUGUGCAUAGUGUCUCCUUGUGGGUGUGUGCACAGUGACUUCCUCUUACAUGGUAGAUUUGGGGCCUUAAUCUGAUCUCAUUCCAAAGUAUCUGUCUUUCCUCUUCAUUCUUCAUCAGAUGAAUGAGAAAUUGAUUAGUCAAGAUUGGAAAUGUACUGUCCUAACAGUGUCCCUUUAAUGUUUCAUAAGAAAACCAUGUUGACUCACUAAAAUACCCUUGCUUGAUGUCUGAUCAGUUGAAUUUAGUAACACACGUUGUUAACAUUUGUGUGUCUGAUAAAUAUCACUGAGUAGAUUACUGAAAUGUAACUAUAAAAUUGAAAGUGUCUAAACUUUCCUACUUAUCUUCAUUAACCAUAUAUCAUAUGGUUGUUUUAUCAUAAUUUGGCUUUAUUUAAUCAUAUUUACAUGAUUAUUUUUGGUAUACUGAUCAAUAACAUUGUUUUUAAUCUUGCCAUUGCUUGUUCAUGAUCAAAUUACCAAGGAAUUUAAUUGAGAUUUAGAUAUUUUUCACUUUUGAAUGAAAUUAAUAUAUCUUUCAUUAAAACAUGAACAAAAUAUCUAUCAUUACCUUGAUUUGAAAGUAGCCUAAAAUGAAGUUGCUGGUAAAUCUAGCCUCAAAUUUCAUGGUACCAUAACUGUUUUUAUAUCUUGCCACUAAUUUUGACUGGAUUUAAUAGCACUUUAUUGUAUAAUUAUGAAAAAUAUAUUCCUAGAAUUGU